CCCCACACAGCACCCAACUCUACACCAGAACAGAGGUCUGUCUGUCUGUCUGACUGUCUGACUGUCCAUCAGGAGAGAAUGGCUUCUUGGCUUCCGCUGCUGCUGCUUCUCGGUGCUCUGGCCGUUAGUGAUGUGCUGGAAGCUGCCCAGGUCCGCUCUUCUUGCCCCAACGGAUGGUUUUAUUACAAGGCAAAUUGUUAUGGGUAUUUCCGCUACCCCUUGAGCUGGGCUGAGGCUGAGUAUGACUGCCAGGCAUAUGGACAUGGGGCUCACUUGGCCUCCAUAUUGGACUCCGUAGAGGCAGACGUCAUCGCUUCUCAUAUCUCUGCCUACCAGAAGAACCAACCAGUGUGGAUCGGUCUCCAUGACCCUGAGCAGAAUCGUCGCUGGAAGUGGAAUGAUGGCUCCAUGUACAAUUACCGCUCGUGGCUCCCCGGGCAGCCGGACAACUACAAUUCGGCCGAGUACUGCGGGGAACUGUCCUGCAAGGAGGGCUUCAUCAAGUGGAAUGACAGUAACUGCAAGCAAGUCAAGCAGUACGUGUGCAAGUACAAGCCUUAGACACCCAGAUCCACAUCCAGGAUCUCCUGAAGCUCCACCAAGGAGAACACUAUGGACUUCCACCAAAGGAGAAGCAGAAGGGCCUGGGAGUUCUGGGAAGCAGCUCAUAUUUUGCAUUCAGGCUUCAAUAAAGUUUUAAUAUCAUAA